AUGGCUGGUGGUACUCUCCUCGGGCUGCUCGCGUUGAACUUGGCGUCACGGAAUCGCGGCACCUCUGUGUUGCCUCGCACGUGCGCCGCCACUGCAUCUACCGCGCCCGUCUCCGGACCCGUGGAUCGAAUUUUGGAAGCAUCGCGCGCCGGCGACUGGCAGCGCUGCGUGGCGCUGCUGGACGAGGCACGUGCGCAGCACGGCUCACGCCUGCUGGCUCGCUCUCUCCACGCCACCUCGCUAGCCUGCUCGCGAGCGGGCGAGUGGGCAGUCGCAGAGCGGCUACUGCUUGAGCUCGUUGACACGACUGGCCUCGCGCCGCGCGCCGACGCUUACAACGGUGCGAUUCGCGCGGCUUCGCGCGCGGGCGAUCCAAAGGGUGCGUCGCGGCUGCUCCAGCAGAUGUCGGACGCCGGAGUGGAGCCCGACGCCGUCUCGUACUCGUGCGCGCUCGCCGGCCUGACCUCAGACCCACCGGCCGCCCUCGCGCUCAUGCAGUCGAUGCGUGACCGCGGCGUGCAGCCGAGCGCGCGGUGCUACUCGAGCGCCCUCGCCGCCUGCCGGCGGGGGAGGUGCGGGGCGGAGGCAACGCGGCUGCUGAGGCAGGCCGAGGAGCAAGGGCUGGCCCCGACGGAGCCGGACUUCCUCCACGGCCUGGUGGCAUGCGGCAGCAGCGGCGCGCAUGCACAGGGCGCGGCGCUCUGGGCGCGGCUGCGCCAGCUAGCCGCUGAUGGCGCGCUGCCGCCGCUCUCGCCGAAAGCCUUUACGGCGGCCAUCGGCCUGCGCGCUGCCGCCGCGGACGCGGACGGCGCGAUCGCGCUGCUGGGAGAGCUCGAGGCGGCGCACGGGCAGCCGGACCUGCGAGCCUUCAACGCGGCGCUGCGCGCGUGCGCUCUCGCCUCCGACGCGGCGGCGGCGGAGGCGUUGCUGGCGCGGGUGGCGGAGGCGGGCCUCCGGGCGGACUCGUUCAGCUACGCCGCAGCCAUACGCUCGUGUGGCACCGACACGCCGCGCGCGCUCUCGCUCUUGCGCGACGCGUGCACAGCCGCGGGGGCAGCGCCGCCCGUGGCGGUGUACGGCGCCGCGCUCGAGUGUUGCGCGCGCGGUGGUGCGUGGCGGGAGGCGCUGGACACGCUCGCGCAGAUGCGCGACGCGGGCGUGCCCGCCGACGCCGGCUGCUAUGGCGCGGCGCUGCACGCGCUCCAGUCAGCGGGCGAGUGGACCCACGUCUACGAGAUGCUGUACGAGAUGCGCCGCGAGGGCGUCACGUCUGCGCCCUCUUUGAGACGCGACCAGAUCGCGCUCUGGAGGCGCGCCAAGCGCGAGCUGGGCCUCACUCGCGCGACGCAGCGGACGUGGGUGCCGCCCCAAGUCGGACGGGGCAGGGGCCGGAAGAAAGCAUAGACGGUGCGUCUGGAGAGAGUUUUGGUGCUAGACCGGAAUGUUUUGAGUCGUUCUCGGGGCCCUCCGGCUCCGCGUCCGUCCGGUGGGGCGUCCCGGCCGACUACACGCAACACGGUAAGGCAUACGGACCUUGGUCCUUGCAGU